UCCGCCGUCAUAUCAGCUUAUGCGGCCGGCCCCUGAUUGGCCGGCCGCGCUGUCGCUCAGCGCCCGAGCUCCGGUCCGCUGCACCCGGCCGAUCAGCUCAGUGACUGCUGCCGGCCCUGGUAGCCGCUGGAACGCCGGCGCCCGGAGCGGCUGCGGACCCUCUCCAGGAGCGGAGAUGGACCUUGUUCUCGGCGCGGCAGAUUACUACUUCUUCACGCCGUAUGUCUACCCAGCCACGUGGCCAGAGGAUGACAUCUUCCGGCAGACGAUCAGUCUCCUCAUUGUAACGAACCUUGGUGCUUACAUCCUGUAUUUCUUCUGUGCAACCCUGAGCUACUACUUUGUCUUUGAUCAUGCAUUAAUGAAGCAUCCACAAUUUUUAAAGAAUCAAGUCUACCGGGAGAUUAAGUUUACGGUCCAGUCAUUGCCAUGGAUAAGUAUUCCCACUGUUUCAUUGUUCCUGCUGGAGCUAAGAGGUUACAGCAAGUUGUAUGAUGACAUAGGAGAGUUCCCAAAUGGCUGGAUUCAGCUCACUUUCAGUGUGAUAUCCUUCCUCUUUUUCACUGACAUGCUUAUCUACUGGAUUCACAGAGGCCUUCAUCACAGACUGGUCUAUAAGCGCAUACAUAAGCCUCAUCACAUCUGGAAGAUUCCCACUCCAUUCGCAAGUCACGCGUUUCACCCUGUGGAUGGCUUCCUUCAGAGUCUGCCUUACCACAUCUACCCUUUUGUCUUUCCAUUACACAAGGUGGUUUAUUUGGGCUUGUACGUCUUGGUUAACAUCUGGACGAUUUCCAUUCAUGAUGGGGAUUUUCGCGUCCCCCACGUGUUAAAGCCAUUUAUUAAUGGCUCAGCUCACCACACAGACCACCACAUGUUUUUUGACUACAACUAUGGACAGUAUUUCACUUUGUGGGAUAGAAUUGGAGGCUCAUUCAAAAAUCCUUCCGCUUUCGAGGGGAAGGGGCCUCUGAAUUAUGUGAGGAAGAUGACCGAAGAACAAUGCAACAGCCAUGCAGAAAACGAUCCUAAGAAUGACAAACUAUCCAAUGGAGAGUUUACCAAGACUGAAUAGAUUAUUGUCCAGUUCUUCUUAGAUAUUUUUAAUAAUGAAAAGUAACCUUCGUACAGCCAAGCUACAUAGCAAGUGAAUGGUGUCAUUUGAGAAUGAGCAGUGUGGGUGUUGCUGAGCAGUGGUCAUUGAUGGUAGACCCAGGGAAGAUGCUGUGAGCACCAGGAUUCUAAUCUCACUUACCAUACCCCGUGUGGGUCCCUGGGACGACUGGUCUUUCCAACCCACAGAGCUGUCAUUUGUACAGCCUCAGCAACAAUUUUAAACAAGCUAAAGAGUAAACAACUGAGGGGGCAGGCUGAGUUCUUUUGCCUUAAUCCUCCCAUGUUCUUUAAGACAAAUUCUUUGUGCUUAAUAAUACCAAGACUAAGCACUGUAAUAAGAAAUACUAAUGUCAAGAUGGUUCCUUCCUUCAGGAACGGUUCAUUCUUCAGUGUUGGCAUGAUAAUGAUUGUAGUAUUUUGUUCAACUGGAAACAUCUGUGUGAGAAACAAGUUCUACACUACUGGCUGUGUAAAUGAACUAAGUAAUAGCAGGUGUGUGAUAAGAGUGUCCUCUUCCUACACAUAGGCUCUUUCUCUGGGAAUAUUACCAAGUAUUCUGUUUUACUGAUGAAUAAAUAAAUGUGAAUUUUAAAAAAUACCAAUACUACCAUGACUUAAUCCAGAGCUGGGAUUAUGUAACUAAGAUUUUGAUGGUUACUCUUUGCAACCAUUAUUUAAUAAGUGUAAAAAAUGUGUGCAUCUGAAUAUAUUUAGAAAGGGAAGUUUUGAUGCCCAGGUAUUAUAUUUGGCACAACCGAUUUUUUAAUUAAAUUGAUGCACUGCACUUUUGGUAUGUUUUGAAGUUACAAACUUGUAAUUUUUUAUGAAAGGAAAUUAUUGCCAAAUAUAUAUGCCUAUCACUGAAGGUUUGUUUUGAAAUCUUACUGUUGCUUCGUUUUUCUCCACUUCCUCAGCAAAUAUACUUUCAUAAAGGAAUGUGUGUUGUAGCAUAAAUAUUGGGAAAACAUGGUUUGUAAAGGCAUUCUAUAAACUAUUUAUGUAAAAAUCAAUAAAAGCCGAUCAUGAUUAUUAAA